UUCUUAGCUUUCUUCACGGUCAUUCUAACCAUAAAUAUUGAAGUAACUCUACUAAUCUCCUCAUCUCCACUUUCUCAUCUUCCCCAUUUCCUCUGCUCCCCUUCUUCCCUAUCAAAUUAAAUGUAUUCAUCCAAAGCAGAUGGCUAUGGGACGCCGGCGUCCGGCUUCCCGGUGAGCUCAGCCAACCAGUUCUACCCGUCGGCUGGUGGCGGCGCCGCCGCCUUCAACGUCCAGUCUCAGGCGCAGGUGGCUUGGUCAACCGGUCUCUGCAACUGCUGCGAUGACAAGUCAAACUGCUGUGUUACUUGUUGCUGUCCCUGCAUCACCUUUGGCAGAAUUGCAGAAAUUGUGGACAGGGGAUCCUCAUCAUGUGGAACAAGCGGUGCGUUGUACGCAUUAAUAUGCUUUGUGACUGGAUGCCCAUGGUUCUACUCCUGCUUUUACCGAUCAAGGAUGAGAAGCCAGUACUCGCUGAAGAAGAGCCCAUGCAAUGAUUGCCUUCUGCAUUUCUGCUGCGAGCACUGCGCGCUAUGCCAGGAGUAUCGUGAGCUCAAGCGGCGGGGCUUCGACAUGACCAUAGGGUGGCAGGCGAAUGUGGAGAGGCAGGGUCAAGGGGUGGGCACCGUUCCUCCACCUCUGCAAGGAGAAAUGAGCCGCUAAGUGUUUUUAGCUAAGUCAUGGAGCAGAAGGCGUCUAUAAGAUCUAUAAGAUCAGUAUUGUUAGUAUGUAACUUUUGUCUAUCUAUAUAGGCUUAGUUUGGGAUGGCUUCUUUUUCAGCUUCUUAAAGAAAAGCUGUUUUAUGAAGCAGUAAGAAAGCCAUCCCAAACAUAAUCAUGGUGUAAUUUAGCUUCUUGAGCUUGCUGCAACUAGGUUGGAAAGCUGUGUACAAUGUCAUGAAUUGUGAUAUUAACGAAUGAAAAACUAGCCAAUAAUCGUGAUACACGUUUUUUAAA